GCCAUCACAACGCACUGACUGUUGCUUUGGCUGAUUAUCUUUUUUCCCGGUUUAACAAAAGACCAACCUUUUUUAACAUUGUUAUUUGUUUGUCAAGAUCCCGGCUUAAAAAUGAUGUCCUUAAAUCCUGUGAGGGUAUUGAACCGUGAGGCAGAAGAGGAAAAAGCUGAAAUUGCUCGUUUGAGUCUUUUUGUUGGUGCAAUUGCCAUUGGAGAAUUGGUAAAAUCAACUUUAGGCCCAAAAGGCAUGGACAAGAUCCUAGUUGCUCAUGGUAGAAGUGCUGGUCAAGUUGAAGUAACCAAUGAUGGUGCAACUAUUCUCAAGAGUAUUGGAGUUGAUAAUCCAGCAGCUAAAAUUCUUGUAAAUAUGUCUAAAGUUCAAGAUGAUGAAGUUGGUGAUGGUACCACAUCAGUCACAGUCUUUGCCUCAGAAUUAUUGAAAGAAGCUGAAAAAUUAAUUGAACAAAAAAUUCAUCCACAAACAAUAAUUGAGGGCUGGCGUGUUGCACAAGAUGUUGCUAAAAAUGCUCUUCAAAAUGCAACAUCUGACAAUUCAGCAGAUUCAGAACGUUUUCGUGAGGAUCUCAUGAAUAUUGCACGUACAACAUUGAGCUCAAAGAUUCUUUCACAACACAAAGAACAUUUUAGUAAACUUGCAGUUGAUGCAGUCCUUCGUCUUAAAGGCUCUGGCAAUUUAUCUGCCAUACAGAUCAUCAAGAAAAGAGGAGCAACUCUUGCUGAUUCUUUCUUAGAUACUGGAUUUUUACUAGACAAAAAACCAGGUGUUCAUCAGCCACAAAAAAUAACUGAUGCUAAAAUAUUAAUUGCAAAUACUCCAAUGGACACAGAUAAAAUUAAAGUAUUUGGUUCAAGAGUACGAGUUGACUCAAUGGCCAAAAUUGCUGAACUUGAAACUGCUGAAAAAGAAAAAAUGAAAGACAAAGUUGAUAAAAUUGUAAAACAUGGUUGCAAUGUCUUUAUCAACAGACAAUUGAUUUAUAAUUAUCCAGAACAAUUGUUUGCUGAUGCAAAUGUCAUGGCAAUUGAACAUGCUGACUUUGAUGGAAUUGAAAGACUUGCUCUUGUAACUGGAGGUGAAAUUGUCAGUACAUUUGAUCGACCUGAACUUGUCAAACUUGGCAAAUGUGAAUCAAUUGAACAAAUAAUGAUUGGAGAAGAUACUAUUUUACGUUUCUCCGGAGUUCCAUUGGGAGAGGCAUGUACAAUUGUUAUUCGUGGAGCAACACAACAAAUCUUGGAUGAAGCUGAACGAUCAAUUCAUGAUGCUCUUUGUGUUCUUGCUGCAACUGUUAAAGAAUCACGAAUUGUUUAUGGUGGUGGAUGUAGUGAAAUGAUAAUGGCUGUUGCAGUAAUGAAAACAGCAGCAGCAACUGCUGGAAAAGAGGCUGUUGCCAUGGAAGCAUUUGCCAGAGCACUCCAACAAUUACCAACAGUUAUUGCUGACAAUGCUGGAUAUGAUUCAGCUCAACUUGUCAGUGAACUCAGAGCUGCUCAUUAUUCUGGAAAUAACAGUGCUGGUUUAGACAUGGAAGCUGGUAAAAUUGGCUGCAUGAAAAAUCUUGGCAUCACUGAAUCAUGGGCAGUUAAACGACAAGUUCUUCUUAGUGCUGCUGAAGCAGCAGAAAUGAUUCUUCGUGUUGAUGACAUUCUUCGAUCAGCUCCACGUAAACGCACUCAAGAUCGUGGACAUUGUUAAAUAAUUAUUCUUUAUUAGCCAUUUGUCCAAUGGUCCAUUGAUUAUUGCCUUAUGAAAGAUCAACAUCACUAUAAUUCACUGAUAAGUUAUGGAAUUAAAAGCUAAAUAAUUACCUCGUAAUUUCUUUUUAUAAAAAUUUCAUAAGAUUUUCAUUAAUAAAUAUAUUUUAAAUUCAUUAA